AUGACAUCCGAGCGAGCGAUCCCACACCUCCGGGACAUCUUCGGUCUCAACCAACAGUACGAAACUAAACAGUACGAUGACAAUGAAGACAAAACGAAGAAAUCCAUGAGGAAGAAGAAGGACGACUACCGGAGCUACGGCAACGGAGACGUUAAGACGCUAGAGAGACAUCUCAGCAUGAAGAAAACUAUCAGGAAAAAGAUCAUGCGCGACCUACAGCAGGCGUUCGUUGAGGACCCUAACGAGUUUAAAGUCGAGAACACGAGCCCGGAGAAACUGAAGGCGGAACUGAGCGCUGAGGCUGUGAAGAUUGAGAAGAAUGUUAAGAAGAAUGACCCGACCUUCCUCGACAUGCUGCGAGGAGAAACGAGGGGGGAGGAGGCCAGGGAAGAACAACCUCAGGUCGAGAAGACCAGCUUCUGGCGACGUCUGACCAUGAAGAACAAAAACAAAAGAUAA